UUGCCAUGCAUUACUGUGGAGUGGGGAGGAGGCUCUGUGCAUUUCCUCAUAGUCUCGCUGGCUUCCCACGUGAUUAGUAUAGAGUUCUUAUAUGGUUAGGUUGUAUUCACACUUUGCAGCAGUGUGGUUUGUGCGUUUGUUAGUAAUACCCUUAACAUUGCAUAACUAUGAACAAUUGAACAGAUUUUUGCUGUAGUCAGUUAAUAGCCUUCCUUAUCUUACUUGAGUGCAUAAAGCUGUCUUGUACAUAACUGCAUGCUUUGGGUGUUCAUUUGCCUGAUUUUCAGUAAAAUUAAAGAUACUUGAGGAACCAUGUGGCCUGUAUUAUGGGCUGCCCUAAGGUCAUAUGCCCCAUAUGUCACUUUUCCAGUCGCACUUGUGGUUGGUACAAUAGGAUACCAAUUAGAAUGGUUUAUUCGUGGAACUCCACAACAGUCUGCAGAGGAGCAAAGCAUUUUGGAAAAGAGAGCGGAAAGGACCUUACAAGAAGCAGCAGGACGCGAUCUUACUCAAGUCAUCAGCUUAAAGGAAAAGUUGGAAUUUACCCCUAAGGCCGUUCUCAACCGCAACAGACAGGAGAAAAGUUGAUGGUUUUAUGCCAUAUUUUUCCUGAAGGAGUCACCGGAAUGGCACUAAGGAAACCUUCCACGUGAAAGUGACAGGAGACAAUUCUUUAUGACUCUUGAGACGGGAGGGGGGGUCAACACAUUUACUUUUCUGCUUGAUUCAUACUAUGAUGGUCAAUAAUCCAGUGUCCCUGAUUUUAUGGCAGUGGCAUGCCCUAUGAUGUUGUGUGUGUAUAUAACCAUUUAUGAGGAUUACACUUCUAAAUAAAGUUAAAUUAAAAUGUG